UAGUAACGCAUAGUUUAAAAAUAUUAUAAAACUCUAAAUUAAUUAACUAAAUUUAUUUAAUAAUCGAGUAUUUGUUACGUUGCAAUAAAUAUAUUUUUACAGCGAAUUUAAAUAAUAGCAAUUAAGCAUAUACAUUUCAAGACAAAAUGCUUUUAAACAAGUUUGCUACAAAAAUAAUUUUUUAAUAGCGCUUAGUUUAAAUUUUUAAGUUUAAAUUUUCAGAAAAUUCAAAAUGAAUGGGAAAUAUUUAUUAUCAUUCGAAAGCACAUUCUUUGGCAUUUUUUAAGGCUAUCUCUUUCAACUGUUGGCCGCGACUACGUCUCUGUUGGCCCAUCCGUUGAGUAAAAUUUUCGAUAACUCGUUCGAGCAUCUCGACUGGGGACUGGCGUAUGACACGCAUGUUGUUUUGCUCCAAGGCCUGAAUCGAAGCGCGAUUGGCUGCAUAGACCUUAGACUUUACAUAUCCGCACAGGAAAAAGUCUAACGGUGUGAUAUCACACGAUCUUGGUGGCCAAUCGACCGACAACUAUCUACUCACCGAAGUGUUCUCUCAAUAAAUCCAUUGAUUAAUGCGUUGGGUGGUUAUUGGCGACGGUUUGUUGUAACCAAAUAUAACCGAGAUCACGAGCUUCAAUUUCAGGCACUAAAUAGUCGGUCAUCAUGGCGCGAUGACAGUCGUCAUUGAUGGUUACGUACUCACCGGCAUCAUUUUUGAAUAAAUAUGGAGCGCUGAUUCCACCAAACCACAAACCGCACCACACCGUUGUUUUUCCUUUAUGAAAUGACAGCUCUUGAGGUCUCUUCAGGUUGCUCUUCGUUGCAAAUGCGGCAAUUUUGCUUGUUUAUAACCCAUUGAGCUAGAAAUGAGCCUCAUCGCUGAACAAAAUUUGCCUCUAAAACGUCGGACUUUCAUGGAACGUUUCCGAGUCCGAGUUCCUGCGAACGGCGCCGCAUCGACUUUCCACGGUCUUCGUGUACACUCUCUGCUACGGCUAUCACAUUCCUUCACGGCAUGCUGGACGUGGUCUAUUCGAUCGAAUAUUAUCCCAUAAUGAAUGCUGUGCCUCAAGAUGGGUGUUGGUGUUACGAAUAGUACGCUCAGUAGGCCGAUUUUGUUAACCAUAAGUUGAGCGACACAGUCUUUACAUAACGUUAAUUUUCGUAAGAAAGUUGUAAACAUUAUUCAGGCGUAAGUCUUUCCAUAACGAAAUGCCAAACAAUACUGAACAAAAAUAGCAUGACAGCUUGACAAGGCUUGCGCGUGAUCUGUCAAUAAAAGCCUAUUGAAAAAAGUACCUUUACCUGGAUCACACUUUAUUAUCCGGCCAUAAAUUAAGUAUCUAAAUUAACUAAUUAUAAACACUUAUGAAAUAAUGCAUAGAUCUCCAAGGCCUUUUAUUACAGCAGGAAGGAGAUUAAUUUACAAGCACAAAAAAUUUUGGAGCGCGCCCGGUGUAGACCCGAAUGCAGUGGUGCUGUAGUGGGUAAAGCUUUUAGUUUUUUGCACAAUAUGUUGCGCACGAAAUCAUCGAUAAGGUGCCGGAUUAAGCCAGCAUCGCCUCGCCUGUAGCAAAUGCUGUCAAGAGGCGCUUGAUAUGCUAUAAGCAAAGCUUGAUUCUCAAGUUAAGGUUAUUAAUUAAUUUUUUUUUUUGGACUUAAUGUGGCUGUAUUUACUAAUAAAAUUUUCAAUAACCACUUUUUAAGCAUACUAUAGAUUCAGCAAACUGCGAUGAUUAGGAGGUUCUUGGCGCAUUGUGUUUCUAAGGAAUUAUUUAAUAAAAGUUUAUGAAAUUGCAGUUCCAGUUUCUUGCUGUCAAUAAGAGUAGCCACAAAUGUUUUCAGCAGUACGUGGCCUAGGCUGUUCUCCAGAUCAUGUUCGUAAGCACUGACCAUACUUGAGGGCGUUUUCCAAAAUCUCUUCUGUUUUAGGGAAUUUUAGCUGUCGAAAUAUGCCAAAAGCACCAGCAAUUUUAUGAAAUGCUUCCAGCAAACAGUACGUUAUCAUUAAUGAGAAUAACAAGCUGUAUUUCAAAGCGUUGUACAGGUGUUUCCGGGUUCUCAAAAAUGUCGUCGAGUGCAGUAGAACCUCUGAAAUGGUUGUACUUUGUCUUAAUGGCUAAAAAUGUGGAUCGCAGUGCUUGAACGUAAUCAUGUAAAGGUUAAUAAAGGGCGUAUCAUGUAUUAAGAUCUUGAUCAGAAGACUUGAGCGAAUUCGCUUGGAAACGUGCUAGAAUUCUGUUCCUUGUAAUGUAAUUAGUCCCGUUUCUAACUUAUUCGUCUUUGAAACUAGUACGUAUCCUUUCUUACGGCGCUCUACUUUUUGAACCACGUUAUUAGCAUGCCUUCCAAAACUUGCUUAAUAGUGAUAAAACCAUUUUAAAGCCCUUUCGUAGCAUCAGAGCGGGUUGGCCACCAAUGUCCGUUAACAUUUUCAAAAUCGAAAUUUUUGAAGUAGAAUCUUUCCAUGCGUUCAUAAGAAGGCCCUAUUGAUAGGUAGAAGCCUAGAAGAAGAAAGAAGAAAUGUAUAGAGGCUUUUAACGAAAUCGAAGAAAAGAAACUUUUUCUGUACAUCAGUCUGCAGCGCAGGGAAUACAUAUUUUUUGUGUACUUAUUUAUUGCCUUGAUUCGUGUUGUAGGACGCUGUAUUUUCCAAUAAUGUGGCUGGCAUUAUCGUAGCUUUGUCCACGUCAAUCUUUGAUAUCAACGCCACGCUCACUUAAGAAAUCUUGUAAACUUUCAGCGAUUUAUUCAGCAGUAUAACUUUCCCUGUACAAGAACUCAACGAAUGUUUCCACCGGUCCAGUUGAUAGAACGUAGCGCACUAACAGAGUCAGUUGGUCUACAUGCGGCAUAUCUGGACGCAAGACCAAGUUCUGCUAUAAAACUUUAUUACUGCAAUGAUUCGUUGCAAGAGUAGCGUCAUUUUUUUACGAUCGACCAGGUGUUGGACCGGUUCCCGUAGCAUUUGCUACUCUUACUACGUGUCUAAACCGGCACUGUAUCGAUAGACAUAUGGAUAAUGUGUAAGAGCCCAUAAGCCUAACUUCUGAUACGCGAUUACUUGAAUCACAAUAGAGGUUUUUUAAUAAAACUUCGUGGCAGUUUCCUUCUUACACUGCAGUGGUUGGAUUUGCAACUCAUAAAAAUCUAGUUUUGUUAUAAAUUCAGCUACUUGUCGAUUAUUAAAUUUAAGUUACCGGUAAUUUUUUUGGAAUCACAAAGGAGCUCAAUAGUCUAAGUGUGUUAACUUUGGGAACAGCCAUCGAACCUAACCGAACCGAACAUAACGUUUAACACGCCCAACCCUGGGAAGUACUUAAAAUGACGAAACCCUCUAACGGAGAUCAACGCACCAGAGUUGCACGUCAGUCCGUUUACAAAAUUUUGGUUCUAUCGUACCUAUGUAAAAAUCAAAGAAAAGUCACAGCAGUUUAUGAUUCGAUGGCUAUUUUAAUAUUUUUAAUAUGUAAAACAAAAUGAGAUCGAUCUUGAGUAAUAUAUUUCAAUUUGAUAGAGAUAACGAAACAUCGAGAAUUCCGGUUGCCUGUCUGUCCGUCCCUCUGUCCAAGUAAGCAAUAAUUUCAGAAAAAAUUGUGGUAUCCCAAUAAAACUUGGUGAAAUUAAAUAGUAUAAUCUAACACAAAACUUAAAUCAGUGAAUCACAGUUGAGGAGGUGACCUGUAAGUCGCUAGGUAGAAGUGCAGAUUUAUUUUUGUUUUGGGCUCAAUUAGCACUAGCUGUGCCAUUUUGAAGCACUAAUCGCAGACCUUUAUAAUACUGAUAUCACGUUUCAUCUUUUCGUUCAAACCAUUUUGUGCUUUCGAUGAAGCUAUUAAUAUUCUUGUAGGGUUCUCCAAAUGGCCAGUGGGUGUAUGUCUGAAAAUACUUUUCCUGGACCUAUUUAGCUACUAGCUGGAGUUUGUCUUCCAGUGAGUUCAAUGCCUUUUUGCAAUUUUGGACUAUGCUGGAAUUAAGAAAAAAGCCAGCAGAGCCGCCCUCAGUUAUACAACAGAGCUUCACAGGUCCACUCUAUGACCAGUACUUCCGCUUCGAAGUUGCUAUCCGAGUUCGGUAGACGUAUAGGGGGGGAUGAUAUGACCUGUAGUUAAACAAAUGUGAUGUUGUGGGUGUGAACCGACACAUUUAAUUUGUUAAGUAUACAUUUCUUAAAAAUUGUAAACUUAGUGAAAACAUUUCCUUCAAGUGUGGAAAUAGGAGAGCUCUAUAGACUUGAAUACGAUCCUGUGAAAAAUUGUACUACAAACUUUUACGUGAAAUGUGGCAUCUAUGAGUUUAUGAGUUUAUUUUAGAAAUCGGAGAUAACUUUCUAAGCCCCGGAUACCUCAUAGCGUGUGCGUGGCUGUGUAAUAUGCGGUAAUGAAGUGGGCUCAGAAGAUUUUUUCAUUUAGUAUAUAACUGGCAUGUAUGAACGCAUGUAGCAUAAAAAUAUUGUUUUUUACAAUUUUAGUUUGAAGAAAACAAACAAUAACAAACACAAUAAAUACAUACAUAUAUAAUUAUAACUCCAUUUCCAGGACAACAAUUGUGGUUUUGUUCCGAAUACAGGAAUUUGCUUCGUCGAUUUUAUUUUUAUUCUGCUGAACCCGUCUCUUGCCGGUUUGUCACAAACUGUUGAACUACCUUCCGUAACAAGUUUUAUAUCUCUCUCCCCACUGCUUAUGUGUGACAGCGAUAUUUUUGAAUGGACAUAUCUUCGCUCCCAUUAAGAAAGUUUUUCCACAUUUCUUUGUCGCUGAACUACAUUGUGCAUUGAGGAAGGAGACUCAGUUAUAUCUGAAGACUAUUAUUAUUAGCUCAUAGUAUUCUGUAGCUUCAAAUGUAUGUUUUGGUUUUACAGACUCUCUUAAUUCUGUCUCUUUGUACACUUUUCCUGUUUUAAAAAUACUUCACCCCUUAAUGAUGCUUGCUCUCAUCAUGCAAAAUAGUCAACCGAAUGUGUAGAGUAUGAAUUUCGUGCUGUAGUUUAAAAAACAAUAGAUUUUAUCACGGAACGCAUGUAGGUCGUCCCACCUCUUUAUCAUGUUAAUAAUGUGUUCUGGUCCGUUUUUACAAAUAAUGUAAGCUAGAUGUACUAAUAAUAUAAUGUUAGCACAAGUUAGCCAACAUGAAACGAUUUGCCAAAUUUCGUACAAAUAACUUUGAUCAGUACUCAGAAUUGUCGUGUUCAUAUAAUUCAAAAUAGUCUCAAUCAAGUUGAAAUCAAUCAAAGUAAAUAUUCACAGUAUUGUAACAUCUUACCAUUAUGCUCUGAAUAGGUGCCAGAAGUAAAGUUAGGCGCGAAGAGAUCUUACCGAUAGGCACUGAAUAAGUGACAGAAGAGAAGCGAAGAAGUGUUACAGUGACAGUUCAUUAGCAUACACCAAACAAAUAAACCGCUGCAGUGGUAGGUAGGUAGGUACGAUAUGGCCCAAUUAGCACUAGAUAAGGCGGCGGGCCGAUGGAUUACCGGCCGAGCUAUUCAAAUACGGCGGCGAAGAGCUGAUAAGGUGCUUGCAUCAGCUUCCUUGCAAAAUAUGGUCGGAAGAAAACAUGCCUGACGAUUGGAAUCUCAGUGUACUCUGCCCAAUACACAAAAAGGGAGACCACACAAUUUGCGCCAAUUACUGCAACCAAAUACAAAAUGUAUUAAUCUGCCAGACAAUUUAUGAUCUAUUAUUCUAAACAAAAAUUAAUUAAUUGAGAUGCAAAUACAAAAUAACUACUUGGGUCAUAACUGAUUUAGUAAUCCCGAUACUUUUCAGGAAAAGAUUUUAAUGUUGACAACAUUAACUUCAAGAAACAGCUAUAAAAUUGUGUCUAUAUUUUUAAAUAAUUAGUUACUCCCUAAAUUAUGUCACUUUAUCACAUAGUUCACCAGAAUAGAAUUUAUUAUAAAUAUACCUUAUCCACAGCAAUGCGCGGCCCGGCCACCAGUCUAUAUAUUUAAAAAUUACAUGUCACGUUGUUUGUCCGGGUUUGGCGCCUAAAGUACUGAACCGAUUUUAAUGAAAUUUUGCACACUCCUGCAGUUUGAUCCAACUUAAAAGAUAGGAUAGUUUAUAUUUCAUUUUAGUCGUAAUGUCUAUCCGUAUAUCUAUUUUGCCAUUCGGUCAAGCGAUAAUUUGAAUUGAAAUCAUGAUAUCUUAAUAAAGCUUCAUGAGCUUCGUUACAAUUAGCAAUAUGAGAUUGUAUUGUAGAUAGGUAAAACCCGACAAAUGAAAAUGGUAUAAAGUCCAUUGAAAGUUGGAAACCCUAAUAUUAGGUUAGAAGCACCGAGGUCCUCAUGUUCGAUAUAUGGGGCCUUAAAAACCUAUGAUCCGAUUUCGGCGAUUUUAAGAAAGGGGCUGACACACUAUAAAUGCAGUAUUUAUGCAAAGUUCUGUUCCAAUAAAUUCACUAGCGCUUACUUUACAUAUUGUAAAGUAAACUAUUCAGGUCGGCUUAAAAGUUCUGGUAUUUGGACGUAAGGAAACUAUGUUUUUUGACCCAUAAGUGGGCGGAGCCACACCCACUUAAAAUUUUGUAUACCAAUUUGGGUGGAGCCCUUCUGGACCUUCUUUAUAAUGAAAUUUAAGGUUUCUGGUGUUUUCCCUUACUGAAUGAAAGUAUUUUUAGUCGUUUUCAACAUAACCUUUGUAUGGGAGGUGGGCGUGGUUAUAAUCCGAUAUUCUCCAUUUUUGGACUAUAUAAGGAAAUGCCUGAACGACUCCUGAGAAUUUCGUUGAUAUAGUUUUAGUAGUUUACGAGAUAUGUACAAUAAACUUAGUAGGGGGCGUGGCCAUGCCCACUUUCCCAAAAAAAUUACAGCGAAAUAUGCCACUUCCUAGAACAAUCCUUUGUACCAAAUUUUAUUACCAUAGCUUUAUUUACGGCUUAGUCAUGGCACUUUAUGUGUUUUCGUUUUUCGCCAUUUUGUGGGCGUGGCAGUGGUCCGAUUUUGCUCAUCUUCGAAAGCAACCUUCCUAUGGUGCCAAGAAACAAGUGUUCCAAGUUUCUUCAAGAUAUCUUAAUUUUUACUCAAGUUACAGCUUGCACAGACGGACGGACGGACAGACAGACAUUCGCAUUUGAACUACACUCUUCACCCUGAUCACUUUGGUAUAUAUAACCCUAUAUCUGACUCGUUUAGUUUUGGGUGUUACAAACAACCGUUAUGUGAAUAAAACUAUAAUACUAUCUUUAGCAACUUUGUUGCGAGAGUAUAAAAAAGACUUUUGCAAAAGAGAUUCACAGCACGGAAGGACAUUAGAAUUUACACAUUUUUGGUAAGUGGACGUGGUCACAGCUCUACAUCCGUCUGCCCGGUAAAACAAUUGGUCAAGCGAUAAUUUGAUGUGGAUAUCCUAAUAUAACCUAGAUCACACUUAAACCUUGAUACUACUCGUAUGAGAAGGUUAGUAUUGGUUAAUUGUUUGAUAAAUUGGCGAGAAAAAACCAUAGACUGAGUUUUGGUGUAUUUAUCGCAAACCACUAAAGCUGACGGAAAACUUGGAAAGUAUUAGUCUUCUUAAGUUUGUAGAGAAAGGCUUCACAAAAAAUAGACAAUGGGCAUAACACGGAGCACUACAAAUAAAUGUAGCCUAUGUUACUCAGGCUGAAUGUAGAUUUCUAAUUGUGAAAUAAUUUAUGAAAUCGGCACAGUAGCUUUCGAGUUUACUCAAUACAAACAUGCAUACAAAUCUUUCCUCUUUAUAAUAGUAGUAUAGAUGACCGACUGAACAGAAUCGGAGGGAGUGUACUGUUUGCUGUCCAUUAUUUAAUUUCAUCUGAAGAAGUAGAUGUUCCCAAUUCGGACUUAAUGCAUACUCAUCAUCAUUUGCAUUAAUUUGGUUAUGUUUAAUUAAUGAUAUGUAUGCAAAUAUAUCUCAUUCCAUGAGUGUUCUUUCAAUUUGCCGUAUGUCUCAUAGCUGAAAACAACAUCCCUUAACCACUUUAUAGAAGAACUGAAUUGGUUCCAAAUUAAUUUAUCAAACCAAAACAAAUUCAUUUCAUUCCCAGCGAUUUCGGAAUUUUCUUAAAUUUAAAUAUUAACAAGUAAGGAAGGGCUAAGUUCGGGUGUAACCGAACAUUUUAUACUCUCGCAAUUUAUUUAUUUAACUUUAUUUAUAUUAUAUAAUACACAAUUUGACCCACAUAUUCAUCAUAUAUAUUGUAUAAAGUCCAUUGAAAGUUGGAAACCAUAAUAUUAGGUUAGAAGCACCGAGGUCCUCGUGUUCGAUAUAUGGGGCCGUAAAAACCUAUGGUCCGAUUUCGGCGAUUUCUAGAAUGGGCUGCCACACUAUAACCAUAUUAUUUGUGUAAAGUUCUGCACCGAUAUCUUCACUAGCGCUUAUUUUAUACAUUGUAAUGUAAACGAUUCAGAUUGUCUUCAAAGUUCUGGUAUAUAGGAAGUAGGCGUGGUUGUGAAGCGAUUUGGCCUAUUUCCACAACAUAUCAUUGGGAUGGAAGUAAACUGUUACAAACCAAGUUUCAUUGAAAUCGGUCGAGUAGUUCCUGAGAUAUGGUUUUUGACCCAUAAGUGGGCGACGACAAGCCCAUUUUCCAUUUUGUAAAAAAAUCUGAGUACAGCUUCUAUCUGCUAUUUCUUAUGUGAAAUUUAGUGUUUCUGACGUUUUUCGUUAGUGAGUUAACCCACUUUUAGUAAUUUUUAACAUAACCUUUGUAUGGGAGGUGGGCGUGGUUAUUAUCCGAUUUCUUUCAUUUUUGGAAUGUAUUAAGAAUAGAAUGUAUUUUUGGAAUGUAUUAAAAAAACGACUGCAGAAAGUUUGGUUUAUAUAGCUCUAUUGGUUUCCGAGAUAUGUACAAAAAACCUAUUUGGGGGCGGGGCCAUGCCCACUUCCUCAAAAAAAUUACAUCCACAUAGCCUCCUUCAUAGUGCGAUCCUUCAUACCAAAUUUUAUUUCCAUAGCUUUAUUUAUGGCUUAGUUAUGGCACUUCAUGUGUUUUCGGUUUUCGCCAUUUUGUGGGCGUGGCCCGAUUUUGCUCAUUUUCGAAAGCAACCUUCCUAUGAUGCCAAGAAAUAAGUGUGCCAAGUUUCAUUAAGAUAUCUUAAUUUUUACUCAAGUUACAGCUUGCACAGACGGACGGACAGACAGGCAUUCGGAUUUAAACUCCACUCUUCACCCUGAUCACUUUGGUAUAUAUAACCCUAUAUCUAACUCGUUUAGUUUUGGGUGUUACAAACAACCGUUAUGUGAACAAAACUAUAAUACUCUCUACAACUUUGUUGCGAGAGUAUAACUAGUCCGAUCCUCCAGUUCGGCCAGCAAAUAAAAGGAAACUACUCUCGAAAUAUAGCCAUCCUACUUGUUGAAAAUCAUCCUACUUCUAACUCUUGUACUAGGCGAAUGCUAUGUUCUUCCGCUGGAAAACUAUUUGGUAACGGUUCCACUCUCCAUUAUGUCACAUAUUGGUGCCAUUUACACAUUGUAUAUGAAACCAUGUCCUCUCUUACCUCUUGGUUUAGAAAAUACAUGGUAGUGUGAUGGGAUUCUAGUCACGGUGGAAUCAGAUUUGUUCUCCUAAGGACCUGACCUUUAUACUGAAAAUCAAUAUAUUCGGUAUAUGCUGGUUAAGAGAGGUUAUGAAUAAACGAAAUCAUCUAUUUUUGUGAAAUUGUGAAUGUAACAUAUCCACACUUCUUCACCAUAUAUCAAAACCGACGUGAAAACAAAUUUAACAAGUAAGAAUAGAUCGAAACUUUUUCAUGUAUGGGUGAAACUUUAAAUUUAAAAAUGUUGUAAAGGUUAUUAGUAUUAAUAUUAGUUAUUCGAAGAAGUGCAGAAUGGAUUACAGCACUUUUCGUUUAAUUGACCCUAUGGUUAAUUGGUUUUCCCGUUUAAUAGAACGGUGUUAUCGGGCAAAAAAUAUAGCAUAUGAAAGCACAUGUAAAUUUUCUCGGAUAAUUGGACUCGGUUAAUUGAUUUUCCCGCUUAGUUGGUUCAUAAUAUAUGUCAUCAAAAAUCAUUUUCCUUUUAAAUUUCCUCGAUUAAUUGCUCCAAAUAAUAUUGUUGAAAAAACUAAUCUUCUAAUCAACACUAUAAUUUUUUAAUAAUAAAUGUGAAUAACAAAUAUAUAUACAUAUGUACAUAAAUAUAUUAAUUUAGUACAUAAAUCUGUUAUUGCAUUUUUUCCUAUAAUGGUAAAAAAUAUUCAAAUAUUUGAAAAACUUUAAGUGCACAUAUGUAUGUAUGCAGUUUCCUUUAAGGGGUUAGGUGGGUUUAAGAGGUUGAAAACAUAAGUAUAUUUACAAUUUCUUUUUGAUGUAUACAAUCAUAUAUUUCAUUCAGCAUAUUAAAGAUACAUAUUUCAGCAGUAUUUUGUGAAAUUUAUAUAUACAAAUUCCGAAAGCUUAACCGUUGGUACCUCAUCUUUCAUAAAGUGUCCAAAAAACGGUUCUUGCCGUGGACAUCAUAACUCAUUAUUGGUUCAUCCAAAUCAAGAAACCAAAAAUAUUUAUUGUUAAUGAACGAGGAAAAAGAAAAGAUUAAAAUUGAAUUUUUUUGUGGUCAAAUUUUCGCCAUAUACUGACUCAAUGAAAUAGUUGUAAUAAAGAUGAAAUUUUUCAACAAAAUCGCUUCAUAACUUUUCCAGAAAUCGUGUCCACUGACUUCAAAAUUUAGCUACGUGUUUGGUGGAUUUGGCAGAGAUUGUUUUGAGCUAGCCCCUACGGCCAAACUUAAUUCGAAUUUAUGCAUAUAUAUUUAUAUAUUUAUAGAAACUCGGUAAUUCGCCUCAAGAGAAACUUUUAAAACUCGACUGUCCCAGUUUUUUGCAAAUAACAACGAGGGUUUCUAUAAGAAUGACAUGAAAAAAUCUUCAAAAUCGCAACAAGUUGUUGGACAAAACUGGGCAUAUAUCAAAUAAUUCGGAACAACCUAAUAGAAAUAAAAAAAAUAAUGAUUUGUUUAGUCAAAUAUGAAUCAAACCUUGUUUUAUAAGGUGAACAGACGAAUUAAUAUAUUAAGCAUUAAAAAUCAAGAAAGUAAAAAGACUGAUUUAAGUGACAUUUGGAAUAAAUAAUUAAUUAAGAUAUGGACGAUGCCGACGCUGAAAUUUUUGGCGAUACCAAAACCGAUAACCAGAUUUUACCAAUUAUUUGAUCAGAGACACACUAUCAUAAAAAAUGACUAAAGUUCAAUAGAACAUCUGAGGGAUUUACCGAUAUUUUCAGUAAAAAUUAGCCAAAAGCACUGAUUAUGUCCCUCUCUAACAUGAUCCUAUGUUCUGACUUUCAUAGUUAUAACUUUAAUUCUUGUUUAGUUAUAGUAGCCCUCCCCUAAGUGCUAAGGCACAUGUGUACCAAGUUUCUAAAGUCAUCAUUAUCGUCCUAUUCUUUAAUAGCUGAAAGAACUCUACACUAACAACGGGUUUUAGUAAGAGUAGCAUACUGAUGUUAUAUACACAGACAUGAUAUGCCACUGAAUCUUAAAAAAUGUUAAACGAUAUGAUUUUCAGGUAGAUCUGUAGACCCUUCUACAUAUAUACAUAUGUUAUAAAAAACUUUAGUUUGGAACAUGUUAAUUGGUUGUAGAAGCUAAAAAUGCUCUUGGCUUUAUUAAAACUUGAUUUGUUGCUGUCACACACCGAUAUCUGAAUCGCAAUCUAACCGUUUAUGAGAUAAGUACUUACACGCCUUCUUCCAUGUCCAUUUAAAAUUUUGUAUACCAUUUUGAGUGCAGCUCUUCUGUACCAUCUUUACAAUGAAAUUUAAGGUUUCUUGUGGUUUUCCUUACUGAAUUAAAGCAUGUUUUCAACAUAACCUUUGUAUGUGAGGUGGGCGUGGUUAUAAUCCGAUUUCCUAGAUUUAUUGACAGUAUAAGGUAGUACCUAAAAGAAAGGACUCUAAAAAGUUUCCUUGACAUAGCUUUAGUAGUUUACGAGAUAUUUAAAAAAACCUUAUUAGGGGGCGGGGCUACGCCCACUUCCCCAAAAAAAAACAUACAAAUAUACCCCUUCAUUGUGCGAUCCAUGAUACCAUUUCUUUGAAUAGCUUAAUUUAUGGCUUAGUUAUAGCUCUUUAUACGUUUUCGGUAAUUGUCAUUUAGUAGGAGUGGCAGUGGUCCGAUUACGCCCAUCUUCGAACUUAAUCUUCCUAUAGUGCCAAGAAAUACGACUUCCAAGUUUCAUCAAGAUAUCUAAUUUUUUGCUCAAGUUACAGCUUGCACGGACGGACGGGCAGACGAGCAGAUAUAUUGAUAUAUAUAACCCUAUAUCUAAAAAACUACAGCGGAACUUCUACUACAAAAACUUCGAGAAUUUUCAUUAAAGCAAAAAUUUUUUCGAAAAGCAGUAAAAUAUAUAUUUAUACCCAGUUUUAUUUAUUUAAUCCGCAAAAAGUUUCAUACGUUAAAACAUGUAUUUUAAAUUUUGUUUGUUGCAGUUUGCAAUUGUUUGGCUCUUGACGCUUGUAUUCCAUACCUUUGUUACAUGAUUUAUGCAAUUCAUAAGUGUAAUAUCAUAUUUUUUGUUCGCAAUAAGAUCCAUAAGAUAUAGAGGGACUCUUCUAAAAUUCCACCUCGAUAGAAAAUUUUUAAAUUUUGUAUUAUGCCCUGACCAAAAAGUUCGAUUUAUGGAAGGAAAUUUGUAUGAAAGUUGCCUUCUAUUGCCACUUCAAAAGUUCGAGUUAUGGAGAACUUCGAGUUAGGGAAGGAUAUUUUUAUGAAAUUUGGCUUCUAAACGCUGUUGCCAAUUCAAGUGUUCGAGUUAUGGAGAUCUUCGCGUAAUGGAAGUUCCACUGUAUAAUACUCUCUUUAGUAACUUUGUAGCGAGAGUAUAAAAAUCCAACGGAUUUCGUUAUAUAAUCUUGUAAUGAUUCGAAGGAAUACUCAAAACUAUUUUUUUUACAAAAUGGUGGUAUUCAAAAAAUUGAUUUUCUGAGAAUUCUAUGUAGAUUUAACUUUAGUUUAAAUUUGGGAGCAUUUUUGGUAACAUGAAUGUGAUUAUAGUGUUCUAAAGGAAAAUGGUGGGAUAUUGAUGUUGCCCAAAACCUUAAAUAAGAUGCAGAAUGCGGAAAUGAUGAAUUUCUAACUACGAGACCGAAUAGAACGAAAUUUUGUUAGUUAGCAACCCCUUGACCCAGUGUGAUAUGAGCGUCAUCAGAUUAAAACUACGUCCAGCUAAAAUAGAACGUUAUUUAAAUACGAACUGCAGUAUGCGCAAAAUCAUUAUCAGGUGCAUCACAAUGCAUCAAUUAUAUCGACAAGAGUUUGCAAAUGGCUGUUCACACUAGUGCAACGGAUCAAAUGUCAAGAACGCAACCAGAAACUCCAAAAGUGUUACUUUGUUUUUGAGUGCAGCAUAAAUGGUUCACAAUUUUUACAAACUCGAAUGGUCGGCAGCGUUUGUUCUUUGACCGAUUAAGUGUUAUGUGCAUUCGAAAAUAACUGGUCUGGGAAAUGUUAUUCCGCAUUAUUCGGAGCAACUCUAUUAUAUAACGCAAGAUAUCUAUAUAUGACAUAAUCUUAUUUUUUUCUGGUGCAUCAAACAUAACAUCGGUAAAUUAUUUAUACUCAUAAUCAUUAACGUUGGACUACACAAAAAAACUGCUACUAAUCUAUGUAUCAGGAAAAUAUAAAGUCAGUACAUUUUGCUGCAUUAAUUCCAUUUCUGAGACAAUUAAAUAAUUUCAAGCCAUUAUCCCGCUUAAAACUGGCUGUACAGUCGCUCAUUUAUAAACGUAUUGUACACAAUAAGAAACCACAUUUUCCAGCCAGCAUCUUAAAUUAUGCAGCCUAUGUGGUCUACAGCUGCCGUUGCUGCUGCGCAUAUACAAGCUGCUUUGGUAGCCGCUGCUGCAGUCGCCAGCAGUAGUAAUAGCAAUAGUAGGAUUAGUCCAAUUAAUUAUAAAUCCACCAAGUGCAAGGCCAUCAUAAAUAGUAAUAACGGUAGACGUGACAGCAUAAGUAGGAGUGCUAGCAGAGAGGAAACAGAGUCACCGAAAUAUAACGAUAGUAAUGCUGGUGAUAACUUUCCAUUGUCGACACCUGUGCCAAUAUUAUUAUAUGCAUCCGAUGGUGGUGUCACUCCACCGGAAUCUCCCAUGACUCAUUUGAAUUCGGUUUAUCACAAUAAAUUUCGCGUGUCACAGUUAGAUAAUGAUGAAACAGUCAGCUCGAAUGAAAGGCGACAAUCAGAAUUAAUUAAAACCUAUGAAAGAGGUGAAGAAGCCAAUGAUGCAGAAAUUGCGGUAACCGAUACACCGCUCAAUUUGUCUAAAAAUCAAUUUUCGCCAUGUCCUUCUCCACCAACCUUUACAACUAGCUCUCCUGGCUUGCAGAAACAACGCGAGGUAUUGGCUUUAUUAACGUCAUCUUCACCGAUAUCUUGGUCAGUACCGGCAGAAAACUUGCAUGCAGACAUCAAAACUGACGAUACGUCAAGCGGAUUGCAUUUACAGAACCCAAUGGUAGUAGCACCUGCCACAGCAGUAGGUUUACCGGGACAAUUCUUACCAUACACAGCCAAACGUCAGCUCCAAAAACAUAUCACAGUAGCAAGGACAACAGGUACCACAGCCCAACGAAGUUCACCGCCAUGCAGUGAGCAAAGACGUACGCGUUCAACUAAUGAUGUAUUUGUCGAAACUGAUACAAAUCUAUUGGCAUGCCGUAUGUGGAGUGCAGCUGUUAAUGGACCAGAUACUGUAACAGAUCCGUUAAAUCAUCAUCCUACGCCACAUUUGUAUCAAACAACUUCAAAUUUAGGUUCAAUUGUGCAAAUAGCCUACCGGAGAAGUCCUGAAGGAAGCAAUCCAGACGAUGAUAUAACUACAGAGAAUAUACGCUUUGCAAACACAAUAAGAACAAACUGUGAUUCUAUAUUGAAAUGCGUUGAGAAAUUGGACGAGCAGAAAACAGUCUCAGACCAACAUCAAUCUCUAUCCAUUCACCAUCAGCAAGAACAUAACAAAAACAACCACCAUCAACACGCUCACGUUAAAAAUGAACAUGCAUUUUCGCAAAACGCGCACACCCUACGUCAAAAGCAACAAGAACAACAACUGCUGCGACAAGAUGUGCUCAGCAUUGCUGAAUCGAUAGAUAUUAUGUACGACAAUGGUCAUAAAAACAAAAAUCAUUCAAUGGUGGCAAAUAACUCGAAGCUACAUGUCGUACACGCCGUUCCGCACAUAAAGAGACCCAUGAACGCUUUUAUGGUAUGGGCCAAAGAUGAACGGCGAAAAAUAUUAAAAGCCUGUCCAGAUAUGCAUAAUUCAAAUAUUUCGAAAAUACUUGGUGCGCGUUGGAAGGCCAUGACGAAUGCGGACAAGCAACCAUAUUACGAAGAACAAUCGCGCCUGUCAAAAUUGCAUAUGGAACAACAUCCUGACUAUCGUUAUCGGCCACGCCCAAAACGCACAUGCAUCGUGGAUGGUAAAAAAAUGCGUAUAUCGGAAUAUAAGAUUUUAAUGCGCAAUCGGCGGGCCGAAAUGCGCCAGUUGUGGUGCCGUGGUAAUAUCGUUACAGGUGGGGUAACAAAUAAUAGCAAAUCGAACAGUGCCGCUGCACAAUUACUUAGCGAUUCGGAUAUUAUCGUUGGUUGUAAUGUCCAAAGUUCCACUGCAUUAGCUUACCAUCUACAAGAUAUGGAUCAUUCCAUUAAUGUCACAACAGCUGCAACAAUGGGCGUGACCCCAGACAAUUCGAAUGUGGUUAUGGAAGGAGGGGCGGUCAAUUCGAAUGGGGUGACAUCGCUUAGCGGUAACUAUUAUUACCCGCCUGAUAGUAUGUCAACGCACUCCGGUUUUUCUUCAGAGGGGAACACUCCCAGCUUCAGUUCGCGCGAUGAUGAUUGAAAAUAUUCGUACAAAAUAAUAUAUACAUCUAAUAUUAUCAAAAAAUACCAUUACUUAGUCAUACAAAGCUAAUACUUAGUAAUAAUAAAUAUGUACUUAAGCAAUUUUAUUGAACCAUGUGCCAUUCUCACUACGUAUACAAAGAUAAUAAAAUGCACAAAUAUAAAUGCAUAUGAUACAUAUACAUAAGUCUGUGUAUACAUUGAAUUUUUACACAUAUUUUUAACCCUCUAGAAUCUUGUCCAAAGUUAUGUUAUAUUUAAGCUAACAUCUAUUUAUUUAGUUAAUUAAAUUUUUGUACACAUCUUAAUUUUUUAAUGCUUUGAUACGUUCUUAUUUUAUGUACAAAUUAUAUAAGCAUAAACUUAAAAGCCUGGAAAAAAGAAAAUGUUUAAAAUUCCAACUCUCAUCCAAGGAUAUCUAUUGUGCCAUAUGCUAAAGGUAGUAGAAUAAAUGAUUCACAAAACAUACUCGUGUGUACUCAUUGGGUAGGCUACAAUUAUGUUCUGCAAACAUUGAUCAAGAAUAAAGAUUAUUACUUGAAUACAAAUA